AAAUGGAUAUCAUAUCUUUGCUUCUUUUUUUCUAUCUCAACAUGUUGGCUGUGGAUCAGAUUUUUAUGCUUUGUGCUUUUGUCAGAUGUAAGAUGUUUACUCAAUGUCUUCCUUGCCUAUCAUACAUGUUGCAGUUUGUCACUAUGAGCAUAAGGGUAUAGGAGUAUUCCUGCCACGCCAAAUUCUCGUCAUUCAAUUUAACUCGGGAAUUUUGCUCCACUGGCGUUGGAAUGAACAAUUGAAAAUUUUCCAUUUAAUUACUUGUGGCAUUCAUAUAUGUGCACAAAUCCCAAAACUGGUCAUUUGGAUACCCAUAAACAAAUUGUAGGAGUCUAAAAGAGAAAUGAGGGAUAUGUGAAACGUGCAAUGGAAGUGAUCUAUCCCCUUAUGCAAAUGGUACAAGGUUAAAUCUGCCAUGUAGACAUAAAGGUGACCAGAUUAGUCUGUAGAAUCUUAUAAACUGAUAUUAAAGUAUUAUAUUUCACCAUGGUUCUCUCAAGUAGAAUUAGCAUCAUUGCUUCCAACAGUGAUGAUCUUAUCUGAUAUACAGUGUGUUUUUAGGAGGCAGAUGGAUCAAGGAACUGAAUCCCUUUAAGUUGUUUUCUACCUAUCUAACCACUUGUAAGAGAACCACAUCUUGUUUUGUGUCAUUACAGGCUUCCUGAAUCACACUAUACGUUCUGCUACCCAAUUGAUAUAGUAACUAGAAUGUGAAGGUCAUAGUAAAAUGCUUAAUCUGAAUACACUUCUUGCCCAGGCAUCACAAAGUUGGGUGACUCAUUUUCUAUCUUUCCUUCAGGGACUGCAUAAAAUUUUAAAAUAGCUAGUCCUUGCUGCAUCAUUUGCCAUCAUGAGAAUAAUAUGAUUUAAUAAAAGGAAUUUCUAAUGUUUUAUGCUCAGCAGAUGAACAAUGGACAUUGAUCAAAUAUGUAAUGCAAUAUCUGCAUGGUUCAUGAUUCAUGAAGAUAAUGGGAUAGGGAUUAAUUCCCAGCGGACGCAUGCGCUUGGGAAAAAACUCCUCCCACCCCCUAGCCAAUUGUCGGUUGGCUAUAGGUGUCCGUGUGAUUUACCUCCCUUCACAUAAUUUGAGGAUGGAUUAUGAGGGGCGCUUGGGGUGAGCUUGUCAAAAUCGCGAGUCGGAACGUAGAAUCGCACGAUUCUACGCAUUUCUGGUGGCCUUCCGCGUUGCGUGCCCAGGCGGAAGCGGAAUCUGGUGGAAUCGUGCAGAAUUGCGUGGAAGCGUAGCGGAAAUCGUAGACUCGUAAGAGUCCAGCGAUUUUCCAAGACCAGAAGGUCGAUCGCAGCGAUCGAUCAAACACGGGUCCAAGAAACCUCACUCCAAAUAACACGUGCGUUUCUCCUUCAGAAAAAUAGGGAGAUCGGUCUGUGGACCGAUCCACCUAUGGCCUGAUCGGUCCACAGACCGAUCUGCAAGGGCCGAUCGGCCUAGGGGUUGAUCGGUCUGGGGACCGAUCGGCCUAGGGGCUGAUCGGUCUGGGGACCGAUCGGCCUCCGAUCGGCCUAGGAGCUGAUCGGUCUGGGGACCGAUCAGCAAGGGCCGAUCCCUGAUUUCCGCCUUCGUCACGUGUUUCUCACGAGUCGGUUGACGUUUUCUGCGUGGGACAGAGGGACAGGGAGAGUUUCGGGACAGAAGAUUUGAUCUCAAGAAACCCUAACUUUCCUAAGUCGCGUCGCGAGCCAUUGUCGCCGCAACUGCUGUGCUUCGUUCUUCUUCAGCAACCAUCGUCUCCUUCACGUACGCGUCUGUCUCCUCCUCCCUGUGCGUCCGGUGUGCGUCGACCGGCACUGUGACUGACUUCAAUUAAAGGCUGUUGGCCACGUCUGUGGUUCGCGAGCUGCUGUUGCAGAGUUGCAGUGUCGUUGGUGAAGCUGAAGCUGCGUGGUGGUGUUCUUGUUCUUCUUUAAUUUCACAAAAAUGAGUAGAGAAGCUAGUGUUGGUGGGUCUGGUGAAGCAAGCUCCAAUAGUGGUGCAGCCAUUCCAAGCGUAGCUUCCACAACUAGUGGAACUUCAGAUUCCAAAAGAUUGGCAGUGAAUGCUCCUGGAAAUAGAUCUGAUCCAGGUUGGAAACAUGGAAUUGCAGUUGAUGAAAAUCCAAAGAAAGUGCAAUGCAAAUACUGUCAAAAGGUGAUAAAUGGAGGGAUUUAUAGACUCAAGCAUCAUUUGGCAGGAACACAAAAGGAUGUUGGAGCAUGCAAGGCUGUUAGUGAUGAUGUAAGGAAGGAAAUGUGGAAAAUUGUAUCCUCAUUGCAAGAAAAUUUAAUAAAGAGGGCAAAGGAGAUUGAAGGAAGAUCAAGUGAUUCAAGUCCUCUUGGCCAAUAUGAAGAUGAGGAGGUGGAGGGUGCAAAAAGACAAAGGCGAGAAAUUGCAAAGAAUCCUGCUGAUCUAUUCAAGAAAAGGGGUGUGAGUAGUCAAACUACCAUCAAUGGCAUUUUCAAGAAGAAUUUGAGGGAGGAAGCUUGCCAAGGGAUUGCCUCUUUUUUCUACAAUAAUGCUAUACCUUUUCAUGUGGCAAAAAGUGAUGAAUUCAAGAAGAUGCUAGACUUGGUUGCAAGACAUGGUAUUGGCUUUAAGCCUCCAUCCUACCAUGAGAUUAGAGUCAAGUAUUUGAAACAACAAGUUGAUUGCACCAAAGAAGUUAUAGAGCAGCACAAAGCAUUUUGGAAGAAAAUGGGAUGCACAAUUAUGACUGAUGGGUGGACAGAUAAGAGGAGGAGGACUAUAUUAAACUUCUUGGUUAAUAGUCCUAUGGGAACCAUUUUUUUGAAGUCAAUUGAUGCAUCUGAUAUAUCUAAAACAGCUGACAAGAUUUUCAAGUUGAUGGAUGAAAUUGUUGAAGAAGUUGGUGAAGAGAAUGUAGUGCAAAUUGUCACAGACAAUGCAGCAAACUACAAAGCAGCCGGGGAGAUGUUGAUGGGGAAGAGAAAGAGGCUAUAUUGGACGCCUUGUGCAGCUCAUUGCAUCGAUUUAAUGUUGGAGGAUUUUGAAAAAAAGAUACCAAUACAUAAAGAGACAAUUGCACGAGGUAAAAAGAUCACAACUUACAUCUAUUCAAGGACUGCGCUUAUUUCUCUAUUGCAUCAUUUUACCAAAGAAAAGGAUUUGAUUAGACCAGCCACUACCCAUUUUGCCACAUCUUACUUGACUUUGGGUUGCUUGAAUGACAAUAAGGGAGCAUUGAUUAGAAUGUUUACAUCCAAAGAAUGGAAAUCUAGUCAAUUUGCAAAGACUAAAGAUGGAAAGGUUAUUGAAAAUGUGGUAAUGGAUAAGGACUUCUGGAAAAGCAUUAUUACAUGCUUGAGGAGUGCUUAUCCUUUGAUCAAAGUCCUUCGUUUGGUAGACUCAGAUGAGAAGCCUGCCAUGGGGUUCAUUUAUGAGGAAAUGGACAGGGCCAAAGAAAAGAUACAAGCCGCCUUUAAUGGUAUUAAGAAAAGUUACUUGCCUCUAUGGGAAAUUAUAGAUGCAAGAUGGGAUAAUCAACUACAUCGGCCUUUGCAUGCUGCGGGCUAUUACCUUAACCCUCAAUUUCAUUACAGUCCUAAUUUUAAAGCUGACUUUGAAGUGAAAAGAGGACUAUAUGAUUGUCUACAAAGGAUGGUUGAAAGUAUGGAAGAAGUAAAGAAGAUUGAUGCUCAACUGGAAGACUUCAAAUAUCGAAAGAAAUUCUUUGGUAGUGCAGUAGCCACUUGUGGAAUUGAAACCAAAACUCCAGCACAAUGGUGGGAAUCAUAUGGUUAUGAACAUCCUGAGUUGCAAAAGUUUGCUAUUCGUGUUUUGAGCUUGACAUGCAGCUCAUCUGGCUGUGAGAGGAAUUGGAGUGCAUUUGAGAUGGUCCACACUAAGAGAAGAAAUCGUUUGAAGGCAAAAACGAUGAAUGAUGUAGUCUUUGUGAUGGCUAAUUCAAAAUUAGCCAAGAAGAAGGAAUUGAGGAAAGUCAAUGACUAUAGCAUUGAUGACCUAGCUUCUGAUGAUGAUUGGAUUGUGGAUGAUAGUGAAAAUUUAGAUUUGGAUGCUUCAAAUGAAGAUUUGGUUCCAGUUGAAGAAGGACCUAGUAGUGGAGCACCUCAUGAUGAUUUGGAGCUGCCUAGUUAUGAUGAUGAUGAAGUUGAAGAAGGUGGAGAUGCCAUGGAGGAUGCUGGAGAUGAAGAACACAUGGAGGAUGAUUAUGAAUUCAUGAAUUUAUGAAGUUUAGACUUUAGAACUUGACUAUUAUUUUUCAUGUUGUAGACUUAUAUGUUAUCUAAAAUUUGUGACUUAUGACUUAUUUUAUGUGUGGAUUGUAGAAGACCUUAUAAAUGUUUAGUUUAAUCAAAUGUUUAAUGUGUUUUUGAGGUUAUUAAUCUUAUGUAUGUUAUUUUCUAUGAGUAUAUAUAUGUUUAUAUAUAAUUUUACAUUUUGGUAGAAACUUACGAUUCGUGUUACGAUACUACGAGUUUACGAUUCUACAACUCCCUUCCGUUUCAACGUAGAAUCUCGAUUUUGACAACCUUGGUAAUCACCUUGCUACAAUGAUUCACGAAGAUACAACAAAUUACUGUGCAUUGAUUUGCCUGUUGCAAAUCUCAUUAUCUAUGUUGGAGCAUAGCCUUGCAAAGCAAAAAGGUUUUAGGAUUUAAAUUUGGGAACCACAAGUGUCUUUGUCAAAAGAAAAUUAGUGAAAAGGUAAAAAAAGUAACCACUAGGUUUGAAUGACUGAUGAUCCAACAAGACCAGGGGUGCACAUAUAAUUCAACUUUAACAAAUUUUUCAAGCGGAAUUUUAAUUUAUUUAUCCAUAAGAAGGAAAAAUUCCAUUAUUAUUCAUUACUUUCUUGUCACUUUGCAUACCUUCUCUUAACAUUUUAUCAUAGACCCUACAGACAUAAGCUGUUGUUUAAAUGUCACACUCGCAGUGAAACGUUAUGUGAUUAGUAUGUCCAAGCCAUCCAUAUAGACCAAGGUCAAUAAAUAUUUUUACACUCAAUCCCUACAAAUUAUACCAUGGGAGAAAACAUAUAAAUAUAAUAGGAAAAGUGACACCAAUAAAAUGACAACUAGACAGUGAGAAAUUGAAUCAUCUUAGAAGUGGGUAAAUUUUACUACCCAAUUUUCUAGAAUACAGUAUGUCUUUACUUGGACAGCUAUUACACAAUAAAUGGUUAAAUUUGAUGAAUAUUUCCAUCUCUCUUGACUAAUUGUAUCUGUUCUAUGAUUCAGUUGUACAAUUCCCCACAAAGAAGCUGCACUAAGAUGUUGCGAUGAAGUUGAUCCAAUUG